GGGGGAACUUAAAGUCGCGUCUUGCGGAAAAUUAAAACAAUUUUAAACUUUUCCAAAUACAAGUAACAAAACAUCUUCAAAAACAGAUUUAAACAAAUAAUUAGAUACAUAAGGCGUUUGUCUUUAUAAAAACAAUGUCGAAUGUGGUACUUGACAAGGCAAACUUUGUUUCUAGAGUGAAGAAGUUGUAUCAAAAUUGGAAGACUCCAGAAUAUAAUCAUGAUGACACGCUUCAAAAGUCAGAUUGUAUCAUGUCCGCUGUUGGAACUGAUGAAGAAGUCAUGUAUAGUAAAUCAACAGCUCUACAGAAUUGGCUAUUGGGCUAUGAGCUCACAGACACAAUAACAAUCUUCACUGAAACUUCCAUAUAUUUCCUGGCCAGUAAGAAAAAAAUCGAAUUUCUCAAACAAAUUGAAGACAUUAAAGAUGAAAGUAAUUUGCCUCAAGUCAAGCUUCUUGUGAAAGAUAAAAAUGACAAAGAUAAAGGAAAUUUCGAGACACUUAUCGAUGUGAUGAAGUCAUCUAAAAUAGGCAAAGCCAUUGGUGUAUUUGCCAAAGAUAAUUUUCCCGGUGAAUUUUGUGAAUCAUGGCGAGCUGCACUAAAAGGAAAAGAUUUCGAGCAAAUUGAUGUCAGUUCGGCACUUGGUUGGAUAAUGUGCAUAAAAGAAGAUUCCGAAAUAUUAACAGUUAAGAAAGCUUGUCUUGUGACUGUUGAUGUCUUCAAUAAAUAUCUGAAAGAUCACAUAAUGGAGAUUAUUGAUGCAGACAAGAAAGUAAAACAUUCAAAACUCUCUGAAGGUGUUGAACAAGCAUUGACAGACAAGAAAUACGUCUCAGGAGUUGAUCAAUCCCAACUUGAUAUGUGCUAUCCAGCAAUUAUCCAAUCAGGUGGAAAUUACAGUUUAAAAUUCAGUGCUGUGAGUGACAAAAAUCAUUUGCACUUUGGCGCCAUUGUUUGCUCGCUUGGUGUUCGUUAUAAAUCUUAUUGCUCGAAUAUCGUACGAACAUUGCUCGUGAAUCCAAGUGAGAAGAUUCAAGAAAUUUAUAAUUUUCUGGUUAAUAUGGAAGAUGAAUUGCUCAAAGAGAUGACACCAGGAAAGAAGUUGUCAGAUGUUUAUGAGAAAGGCUUAACAUAUGCUAAGAAAGAACAACCGUCGCUUGUAGAGAAACUUACGAAAACAUUUGGCUUUGCUAUGGGCUUAGAAUUUCGUGACAAUUCACUCAUUAUUGGACCAAAAUGCACAGCGACAUUAAAGAAAGGAAUGAUUUUCAAUUUAAACAUUGGACUUGCAGGUUUAGAGAAUAAAAAUGUCAGCAAAGAUGAUAAAGAAGGUCGAACAAUCGCACUUUUUGUUGGUGACACAAUUCUUGUUAAUGACAGCGACACGCCAGCAAGUAUUCUGACACAAUCGAAAAAGAAAGUCAAGAACAUUGGAAUUUUCCUUAAAGAUGAUGACAGUGAGGAAGAAGAAGAAACAGAAACAUCACAAAAGUCAAAGAAAGCUCCAAAUGAGAUUCUUGAGUCCCGUGGAAAGCGUACAACAGUAUUAGAGAAUAAACUUCGUUCCGAACAUAGCUCAGAAGAGAAACGUAAACAACAUCAGAAGGAGUUGGCUGUAGCAUUGAAUGAGAAAGCCAAAGAACGUUUGGCACGACAAUCUGGCGGAAAGGAAGCUGAGAAAGUUCGCAAAUCGACAGUUUCGUACAAGAGCGUCAAUCAAAUGCCACGCGAACCGGAAGUUAAAGAUCUGAAACUGUACGUGGAUCGUAAAUAUGAGACUGUCAUCAUGCCAAUCUUCGGACUUCCCGUUCCAUAUCAUAUUUCAACAAUUAAAAACAUUUCACAAUCAAUUGAAGGCGAUUACACGUAUUUACGUAUAAAUUUCUUUCAUCCUGGUGCGACAAUGGGACGUAAUGAAGGUGGAAAUUAUUCACAUCCUGAUGCGACAUUUGUAAAAGAAGUUACAUACAGAAGUCUCAACACAAAGGAACCUGGUGAAAUCUCAGCGCCAUCAUCAAAUCUUAACACCGCCUUUCGUUUGAUCAAAGAAGUUCAAAAGAGAUUUAAGACACGCGAAGCUGAAGAGCGAGAGAAAGAAGAUUUAGUGAAGCAAGACACGUUGGUGUUGUCACAAAACAAAGGAAAUCCAAAGUUGAAAGAUCUUUACAUUCGUCCAAAUAUCGUGACAAAGAGAAUGAAUGGCUCAUUGGAAGCACACACAAAUGGCUUCAGAUACACAUCGGUUCGUGGUGAUAAAGUUGAUAUUUUAUACAAUAACAUCAAAAGUGCAUUCUUUCAACCAUGUGAUGGUGAAAUGAUAAUUCUCUUGCACUUCCAUCUGAAGCAUGCGAUAAUGUUUGGGAAGAAAAAGCACGUCGAUGUUCAAUUUUACACGGAAGUUGGCGAGAUUACGACGGAUUUGGGAAAGCAUCAACAUAUGCACGAUCGCGACGAUUUAGCAGCUGAACAGUCAGAACGUGAGUUGCGUGAUAAGUUGAAGACAGCUUUCAAGAGUUUUUGUGAGAAAGUUGAAUCAAUGACGAAGCAACAAGUUGAGUUUGAUGUUCCAUUCCGUGAGCUUGGCUUUCCUGGGGCUCCUUAUCGCAGCACUGUUUUACUUCAACCAACAUCAGGAAGUUUAGUAAAUCUCACCGAAUGGCCACCACUCGUCAUUUCACUUGAAGAUGUUGAGUUGGUUCAUUUUGAGCGUGUUCAAUUUCAUUUGAGAAACUUCGACAUGAUUUUCGUCUUCAAAGAUUACAACAGAAAAAUGGCGAUGAUUAAUGCAAUUCCAAUGAAUAUGUUGGAUCAUGUUAAGGAAUGGUUGAACUCUUGCGACAUUCAUUACUCGGAAGGCAUUCAAUCACUCAAUUGGACAAAAAUUAUGAAAACAAUCACAGAUGAUCCUGUUGGAUUCAUUGAAAAUGGUGGUUGGACUUUCUUAGAUCCUGAAUCUGAUGGGGAAGGAGCACGAGAUGAUGAUUCUGAUGAUGAAGAUGAUGAUGCUUAUGAGCCCACCGAUGCCGAAACGGAAGAAGAAGAAGAUUCAGAAAUGAGUGAAUAUUCAGAAGCGUCAGAAGAUGAAGAUGAUGAUUCGUCAGAAGAGAUGGGAAGUGAAGAAGAGUCUGGUAAAGAUUGGUCGGAUUUGGAACGUGAAGCAGCUGAAGAAGAUCGCGAACGUGAACGACCAGGAUUUGAUAAACAUCGCUCGAAGCAUAAAAGCAACCAUCACAAGAGUAGCAAACAUGUCAAUGACAAGAAAAAGUCCAUCAUCACAGUCCGAAGAAAAGCAGUCACAAAAGUAGCCACAACGAAAGUAAGAAACGUUCUCGUGAUGAUUCUCGUGACAACCACAGUAAGAGAAAGAAAGCAAGACGAUAAACUGCAACAACAUGUUGAAUGUCAUCUGAAUAAUUGUCUUUAUAAACAUAAAACUAGCUUUUAAGCAUCGAUCAUCAUCUUGAAAGUUUUAGGCUUAGAAAAUUUUUAAUUUUUGAUGAAAUGAAGAAAUUUCCAAUUAAUUUCUUUCCACAAUCAAAAAUUUAAUUCAUUCUUUUUUGUUUUUAUUUCCUGUAAUUCUUUUCGAUAAGACUUUGUUACUUUUUUUCCAUAAAACUUUUCCUUCUUUAAUUUUUAUUCAUUCAUUAAAAAAAAUUAAUUUCUUGGUUAAUGCCGGAUAAUUAAGUUUGUACAAGAGUUAAAUAUUUUCAAUAAAGUAUAAUAAAAUGAAAACA